AUGUCAUCCGAAUUGAUUGCUUCACUAUGCGUAAAUCAUUUUCGGGAUAGUAAGGGUCCAAGCAUAAUUGAAAUUCAAAGGAUUGUGUUCAAGGAGUUGCAUUGCCACGCAAGCUACUGGAUGUGUUGGAAAGGAAGCGUAAUUGCGAAGAACAUCAUUCACGGGACAAUGGAGCACGGAUACACUUGCUUGUCGAUUUUUUCCCAUAUGGCGGAGUUGUUGAAUCCAGGGUCUUCCUACUCUAUCAUGGACACCAAAAAUCACAUCUUUUCAAUUGUCUUUUGUGUCGUCGAUAAAGAGAACGAUGCUUCUUGGACCUUCUUCUUCCAGAAGUUGAAGUCUAUCGUAGAAGAUGAACCAUAUCUAUGUGUCAUCUCCGACAGGCACAUUAGCAUCGCCAAUGCCUUCUGCCGGGUAUACAGUUGUGCACAUCACGGACUUUGCACGAGGCACCUCGCUGAAAAACUCCAUGUAAAUCAACACUGUGGAGAACAUCUUUACCUAUUCUACGCCGCGGAAAAGGCAUAUUCCUUUGAUAAGUUUAGCGAGAAUUUUGAGGAAUUAAAGUAUAAUUGCCCCGAGGCAGCUCAUGUCCUUGAAAAUGUGCUUGGUUUUGAAAAAUUGAGUAGAGCACACUUCCCGAACAAUAGGUAUGAUGUGAUGACCACAAACAUCGCUGAGUCGCUCAACUCGGUUUUGAUGGAUGAACGGGAGUAUCCCGUGUCAUACAUAUUCAAUUCAAUUGCUAAAAAAUUUUGUAAAAAGUUUAGGGAGAGGUAUGCCUAUGUCGAUGGUAAAGAGAACAUAUUUAUUCCUUGCGCAAAAAAGAUCCCAAGGGAUAAAAAGAGUGUGAGCGAUUCCUUGUAUGUGACUAAUCCAAACGGGGUUCUCGAUCAGUACACGGUCUUCGACAAUGCUUUGCGAGCAAAGUAUGGUGAUGGUGUAGGUUAUGAAAAUUCUAUCUACGAGUACUCUUCACCAAUUUAUAAACCUGCAAGUUACCUCCUCGCAUACUCGGAAGCAAUUGACGUUGUCCCUCCAGAGGCCGAAUGGAAUGUACCACAGGAAUUGCUAGACACUAAAAUUUCUCCGGCCCCUACGAUCCCUAACUCGGAAGGAAGUAAGUCAAACGCACUAAGGGCGUCAGUGAGACGUUCAAGUCCAAAAGGAGGAAUAGGUGUUCAAUAUGCAAGAAAUCUGGGCACAAAAGAACCACGUCUAUUCUACGGCCUGGCAGAAGACCUCCGUUACUUGGAGCGUGAACUCCGACGAAUUGCUCGUUUCCUCCGAGCAAUUAUGGAGCGUUUGGGAAUGGACG